AUGUGCCUCAAAGUUGUCCACAAAUACGGUUGCGGCCAUGAGACGGCCGCCACGGCGCCGUGCGCGACAUCAAGAACAAGUCCCUGCGGCGUCAACAACGUCAAGACAGUCAAGCACGAAGAAAAGUACGCCUCUGAUCUUGUUACCUGUUAUGCACCGCUGGUCUGA